AUGUCUCAUUAUGUUUUACAAUGUUCCUUAAAAUUAUCACAGGGCAAUGACAGAGUUCUUGAGGGACAGGCUGCUUACAGAUUGGGACAGGCCUACGAUAAAAUUGGAGAGGGUGAAACUGCUUUAGAGUACUUAAACAACUACUUGGAUACAUGUAAUGCAACCAAGGAUAGUGAUGGUAUUGGUAAAGCAUGUGAUGCCAUCGCCAAAUCCUAUGCAAGGCAAGGUAAACUAGAGAAAAGUAUAGACUAUCUGAUGAAAUUUGUGGAGGUCACGGAACAGAGUGGGGAGGAGAAAGGCCUCAGUAAAGCUUGUCAUAAUCUGGGAAAUAUAUUUAAUUCUCUGGGUCGGUAUGAAGAAGCUACUGAGUAUUUCAGUAAGGCUUACAACAUAGCCCGAUCCAUGGGAGACCUAGAAUCCAUCAACACAAACAGAGUCCAGUAUGGCAUCUCCAUGGCACACAAGAUGUUGAAGGGACUGAGCGAGCACAUCGUCAUGGGAACCCGCCCGGCCCUAGAGAGGCUCUGUGAGUGGAAGGAUGCUAGAACAGACGACUUUAAGAAGCCUUUCCCUGAGCCAAAAGUAGAGGAGCCCCCUGCACCAUCAGCGCCUAAAGAGGAACCUGAAAAGCCUGCCUCUGAAAAAGCGGAGUCAAGCAAGGGAGAGGAAGCAAGCUAAAGGGAGAUCAUUUAGAAUUUUGAAAGUGAAGUAAAAUUUCAAAAAUGAACCAAAAACUUAAGAUCAAUGUGGUUCAAUCCCUAUGUGGGGGGAAAAA